AUGUUUGCCGCACGACAGAGGGCGGGCUGCCUGGCCCGUCAAUUGCAGCGAUCUACGCGAUCCUAUGCUUCCGAUGCCCACGGCCACCACAAGCACGCCGAGGUCAACGAGUCCUUUGGGACUGGUUCUGUCCUCACCGUGGCCACCUUCUUUGGUGGUGUGCUGCUCUACCAAUUCGCCCCCAGCGAGGGUCAGACCUCGAGCCUGACCAGUCUGCUCGACAGCUGGAAGUCCAAGCCCCAGGACUGGGAGGAGAUCAACACUGCUCACGCUUUGGCCGCCAGACAGGCUGGCUUCGACCGUAACCUGUUUGAGAACGCUACACCCUCGAACCGCUGGGUCGACGUGGCCUAUCCCGAGGCCCUCCAAUCGCAUUCUCAGCGCAACAUCCGCGCCGGUCACGUCCUCAAGAUUGACGAUGUCGUCGAGCACUACAGGAAGGAGCACUUGAAGGAUGAGGACCGUAAGGUUAAGCAGGCAGACAACUGA